UUCAUGAUUGUUUUCAACUAAACACAGUGUAAAGUAGUUGACUUGAGUUGAGAAGAGUUGUGUACUUGCGUGGUUUGUCUACACCUAAUCACUGUUCGAAUACACCAAGGUAUACCAGUACUAGUAAUCUAAACGAUCUUGAAAGCAUUAUCGAGCUAGCCCUGUUCUUGUUGCUCUGAUAGCGAUUCUGGAAAUUGUAUCGUUGUGAGUAUGGCUGAUCUACGUGCAGAGUUUCUAGCUAUUUUCCCUGAGUUGGUGACAGAAAUACUAGCACCUGAGCGCAAUAGCAGUGAAGUCCAGUAUUUGGCGGAUGCAUUGGACCAUAUGGAGCGUGUGCUGAACUACAAUACGCCUGGUGGUAAGCUGAACAGAGGACUUGCUCUGGUUGCAUCUGCUCGUCACUUGGCUGCAUCAAAGAGCCACACGCUGUCAGACAAGGAGAAUCGCCAGGCACUAGUUCUCGGCUGGUGCGUGGAGCUACUGCAGGCGUUCUUCCUUGUAGCUGACGAUGUCAUGGAUAAGUCGAUUACUCGUCGCGGUCAGCCAUGCUGGUACAAAGUGGAUGGCGUUGGUCUGAUGGCAGUCAAUGAUUCGUUCCUCAUCAACUCGACAAUAUUUCGCUUGCUGAAGCUGUACUUUGGUGACUCGCCAGCCUAUGUACACCUCUUGGAGCUUUUUAUACAGGUAUCCUACCAGACGGAACUUGGACAGAGCUUGGACUUGAUCACGGCACCAACUGAUUCUAUAGACCUGAGCAAGUUUUCCACUCAACGGUACAAGUCGAUAGUGUUGUACAAGACAGCGUUCUAUUCCUUCUACCUACCUGUAGCUGCAGCCAUGUUUAUGCUUGGCUAUUCAGAUCCUGGACAGCAUGAGGCAGCCAAGGCUAUCCUACUGCCGAUGGGUGAAUACUUCCAGAUUCAGGAUGACUAUCUGGAUUGUUACGGAGACCCAGCGGUGACGGGGAAGAUUGGUACAGAUAUUCAGGACAACAAAUGCAGCUGGCUGGUUGUGCAGGCCUUGGACAGGGUCACUGACGAACAGAAGAAACUUCUGGAGGAGAACUAUGGGCGUGACGAGGAAGCCCGUAUUGCCGCUAUUAGGGCACUCUUCGACGAUCUCAAGCUUGAACAGCUGUACCGGGAAUACGAAGACACCAUGUAUGCCAAGUUGCAGGCAAUGAUAGCGGAGCAGUCAGCACUGCCACCAGUCAUCUUUGGCGACUUUCUGCAGAAGUUGUUCAAGAGAAACAAAUGAAUGUAGAACGCAUCGAGUGUGCCAGCUACCCACAUCUAGUCAACAUUGCAUGUGUAGGUCGAUUCUAUUUAUCUCUUUUUAGGAUUAGAUGUGUUUUAUUUCACACCACGCUAGUUGCUCAAAAGGCUUUUUUAAUUUCAAUUUGGGUUUCGUAUGGUGCACUAAGAGCACAACAAAUUUUUAGGAAAUUUUAUAUCAAACUUUUAGGAUAUUUUCUGACAUCUCAUCCACUCAUUGUGGGCCGACUCUUUAGUGCUCACUUCUAUUUAAAAUAUGUAGCACUCGUCCAUGUUUCUCCUCAUAAGUUAUUGAAAACAGCACCUUCUUCUGUUCUUCUUGUGAAAUGUUAGCUGUCAGCAGCAUAACAGAG